AUGGAGUACCCGCCGCAGUAUCAGCAGCAUACUCAACAUCCUCAUCUGCAGGGAGGCUAUCAGACGUCGCCACAGAGCGCCGGCCCCGGCUCUCUCCAGUCACCAUCGGGUCCUCAAUCGCAUAUGCAACAACACAAUCCGAAUCAAGCAUCUCCUAUCCUUCCUUCUCAGACCCAGAACCAUUAUCAGCCUCAACCGGCUGCCGGGGUCCAUCAACCAAUGGGCUAUCCUCAAUAUGGUGUCAAUGCAGGAAUGUCACAAGGCUAUGGCAUAUCGCCCACUCAGGCUGCGGCCAUGGCCACAGCAGCGGCAUCAGGACAAAUGCCGCCUCUCCCGUCGACUGUAAGCAUGCCUCAGGCGGGACAGAUGAAUGCGCAAAGGCGCAUGAGCCAGCAUAUCACGAGCCCUCAUGGACAGGUGUCUCAGCCCGCCAUGAAUCAUGCCUUGCCUCGACAGUCUGUUCCACCCGCCAUGCCUCCCCCACAGCAGCCUGUUCAGGCACAAGAGGAGAUAUCAGGUGGAGGGGCUGAGGAGUCUCCCCUCUAUGUCAAUGCGAAGCAGUUUCAUCGCAUCCUGAAACGGCGCGUUGCCCGACAGAAGCUAGAGGAGCAGCUCCGCCUUACCUCCAAGGGCCGGAAACCUUAUCUGCACGAGUCGAGACACAAUCAUGCUAUGCGCAGACCUCGUGGUCCCGGUGGUCGAUUUCUGACCGCAGACGAAGUAGCCGCACUGGAGAAAGGCGAAGGGGGUGAGAACGGUACCCCGGUCAUCAAUAAGCCCGACAAGGCGACGUCGGGUACGAAGAGAAAGGCUGGGACCAGCAACAACGAGACACCCAGCAAGAGGUCGAAGGUCGCCAGCGAAAGCGCAGAAGACGAUGAUGACGAUGAUGGCGAGGAGGAUACCGGCUAA